AUGACUGAAGAAGAUAGAAAACUCACUGUAGAGACUGAAACGGUUGAGGCGCCUGUGGCAAAUAACCUUUUAUUGUCAAAUAACAAUAAUGUAGCAGUUCCUAAUCCUUCUAUCCCUUCCGCUUCCACCUCCACAUCUCCACUGCACAGGGAAAUAAUUGAUGAUUCUGUCACUACUGCUAACACUACUAGCAACGCCGUACAGCAUAAUUUGUCCACUAUAGAUAACAAUUUAAUGGAUUCCGAUGCCACGUCACAUAAUCAAGACCAUUGGCAUCCGGACAUAAAUAGGGCAGGAACAUCAAUGUCUACUAGCGAUAUCCCAUCUGAUUUGCAUUUGGAACAUAUUGCCUCUGUUCCAUCGACUAAUAAUAACGGCAACAACGCUUUAAUCAAUCAUAAUCCUUUGUCAUCUCAUCUUUCCAACCCGUCAUCUUCAUUGCGAAAUAAGAAAAGCUCUUUGUUAGUAGCGUCUAACCCUGCGUUUGCUUCAGAUAUCGAACUGUCGAAAAAGAAACCCCCCCUCAUCUCCAAUAAUAUACCUACAAGCAACAUUGCUCUUUACCAAACAGCAAGAUCGGCAAAUAUUCAUGGUCCAUCAUCAACUUCCGCAUCCAAAGCGUUUAGAAAGGCUUCAGCUUUCUCGAAUAACACGGCUCCCAGCACGAGUAAUAACAUUGGUUCGAAUACACCCCCUGCUCCUCUUUUACCUCUUCCUUCACUCUCGCAACAAAAUAAGCCAAAAAUAAUAGAGAGGCCCCCAAUGCACGUCACUAAUUCAAGAGAAAUACUGUUAGGUGAAAACCUGUUAGAUGAUUCAAAAACAAAGAAUGCUGCUGCGAACUCAACCACACACGACAAUGAUUUAAUGGCUAAUGAUGGGCUGCAUAUACCGAACCACUCAAGCGUAGAUGAUACCGAAAAGAACAACAAGACGAAGAAAAACAACAGUAAUAGUGGUAGAAGUGAACGUAAUGAUGACGCUAAUAAAACAUCCGCGGCAUUGACUAAAACCGCGCCUUCAACCACACCUUUGGCCACUGCCGAUAAUACUCUGGCCCCCACUGCUAAUAUCUCCAACAGUAAUGCUGACACCUACAAUAAUAACAAGAAAAAAAUCAGUAACAUUAACAGUAACAAUAAUAAUCAUGGUGCAUCGAAUAAAGCCAACGCUGAUAUCAAGAAUGCCAACGCUGAUAUCAAGAAUGUCAACGCUGACUCAAGUGCUUCUACCUCAAACAAUAACACAACAAAUGACGACUCGCACGAGAGCAAUUCAGAAAAACCAACGAAGGCAGAUUUUUUCGCUGCGAGACUGGCAACAGCUGUGGGUGAAAAUGAAAUCAGUGAUUCUGAAGAAACAUUUGUUUAUGAAUCAGCGGCUAACUCGACUAAAAAUUUAAUAUAUCCUGAUUCCUCCAACCAACAGCAGCAACAGCAACAGCAGCAGCAGCAGCAGCAGCAGCAACAACAGCAGCAGGCUCCAAAACAACAGCAGCAGCAGCAAAAUCAUGGUAUAACUUCGAAGAUAAGUGCACCAUUGCUAAACAACAAUAAAAAAUUAUUAAGCCGACUCAAAAACUCGAGGCACAUAAGCACAGGCGCCAUACUGAAUAACACAAUCGCAAAUAUAAGUACAAAUUCGAACUUAAAUUCUAAUAUUAUGCAGAGCAAUAACAAUCUGACGUCAGGUCACAAUCACCUGGACGAGUUGAGCAGCAUAAAACAGGAGCCACCGCAUCAAUUACAACAGCAGCAAUUACCAAUGGACGUGCAAUCGGUAGAUUCGUAUACAUCUGACAACCCUGACAGCAAUGUUAUUGCCAAGUCGCCUGACAAGAGAUCAAGCUUAGUGUCCCUACCCAAAAUUUCUCCACACUUACUUUCAUCCACAUCAAGUAACGGUAACACAAUAUCAUGUCCCAAUGUGACCACAACUUCACAGGAAUUGGAACCAAAUAAUGAUAUUUCAACGAAGAAAUCUCUUUCCAAUUCCACUUUGAGGCACUCCUCAGCUAAUAGAAAUUCUAAUUACGGUGACAACAAGAGGCCUCUUCGGACAACAGUAUCAAAGAUAUUUGAUUCGAACCCAAAUGGAGCUCCUUUACGAAGAUACUCUGGGGUACCUGAUCACGUUAAUUUAGAAGAUUACAUUGAGCAGUCGCAUAAUUAUCCAACAAUGCAAAAUAGUGUGAAAAAGGAUGAUUUUUACAACAGUAGGAGCAAUAAGUUUCCCCAUGGUUUGAAUUUUUAUGGCGAUAACAAUGUUAUUGAAGAAGGGAAUAAUGGUGACUCAUCAAAUCCAAACCGACCGCAACACACUAACCUUCAGCAUGAGUUUAUUCCGGAAGACAAUGAAAGUGAUGAAAACGAUAUUCACUCCAUGUUUUAUUAUAAUCAUAAGAACGAUCUAGAGACGAAACCGUUAAUAUCUGAUUAUGGUGAAGAUGAAGAUGUGGACGAUUACGAUCGUCAAAAUGCUACUUUCAACAGUUAUUAUAACUCAGCAUCCAAUACUCACGAACUUCCAUUACAUGGAAGAAUGCCAUCAAGAUCAAAUAAUGAUUACUACGAUUUUAUGGUUAGCAACAAUACUGGCAAUAACAAUCAAGUGAAUGAAUAUACCCCGUUAAGAAUGAAACGUGUUCAAAGGCACCUAUCAAGAACAAACAAUAGCAUAAUGAAUGGUAGCAUCCAUAUGAAUGGCAACGAUGAUGUUACUCAUCCAAAUAUCAAUAACAACGAUAUUGUCGGUUAUUCACCACACAAUUUUUAUUCAAAAAAAUCACCAUUUGUAAAAGUAAAGAACUUCCUUUAUCUCGCAUUUGUUAUAUCAUCACUAUUGAUGACAGGAUUUAUUCUCGGAUUUUUGUUGGCCACAAAUAAGGAACUACAAGAUGUAGACGUGGUUGUGAUGGAUAAUGUGAUUUCAAGUUCGGAUGAAUUGAUCUUUGACAUCACUGUAAGUGCUUUUAAUCCAGGAUUCUUUAGUAUAAGUGUUUCCCAAGUCGAUUUGGACAUUUUUGCAAAAAGCUCUUUCUUGAAGUGUGACUCUAGUGGUGAUUGUACCGUAAUAGAGCACGAAUGGAAAAUUUUACAAAUGACAACAAACCUUUCGCUAGUUGAAGAGAGUGCUAAAAAUGAUGUUAGUGAUGGGAACAUAGAGACAGUAUUACUAGGAACCGUUAAAAAGCUAGAAACACCAUUAAAGUUCCAAGGCGGCGCAUUUAAUAGGAACUACGAUGUCUCAGUAUCGAGUGUCAAGCUUUUAAGUCCUGGGUCUCGUGAAGCCAAGCACGAAAAUGACAAUGAUGGCGAUGACGGUGACGGUGGCGGUGGUGAUGAUGACGACGACGGUGACGAUGAAAACAAUAUCAACAAAAGACAAUACAAGAGCAAACCAAAUGCUAGAGAGGACAAAGAAGAUGAUACUAAAAAAUGGAAGCUACUAAUCAAACAUGAUUACAAAUUGAUAGUCCGUGGAAGCAUAAAGUAUGAGGUGCCCUUCUUCAAUACACAGAAAUCUACGGCUAUUCAAAAGGAUUCCAUGGUCCAUCCUGGUAAGAAGUGA